UUCACAACUUCUCUGUACUUCGUUUUGUGACGAUAGUACGGGAUCAUGUCUGGAAGAGGCAAAGGUGGAAAAGGACUCGGGAAAGGAGGCGCUAAGCGUCAUCGUAAAGUUCUUCGCGAUAACAUCCAGGGAAUCACUAAACCCGCCAUCCGCCGUCUCGCUCGUCGUGGUGGCGUCAAACGCAUCUCCGGUCUGAUCUAUGAAGAGACUCGCGGUGUGUUGAAGGUGUUUCUGGAGAACGUGAUCCGGGACGCCGUCACCUACACCGAACACGCCAAGAGAAAGACCGUCACCGCCAUGGACGUCGUGUACGCGCUGAAACGACAGGGACGCACUUUGUACGGUUUCGGAGGUUAAACGUGUCGAAUUCAUCGAAACCCAAACGGCUCUUUUAAGAGCCACCCACAUUCUCAAACAAAGAGUCGCUUCCUUCAUGUAGACAUCUAGAAACUGUCUGGGAGAUAUUAAUUAUUAGAAUUGGA